CCGCUGGGGCCAACCUCUCUCUUUCGCUCCUUUGCAGCGGUUACUCGGCGACGUAUGUGUUGUUGCUGUUGCCGCUGCCGGAAUUUGUUGGAGCGUUGAGCGAAUUUGUUUUUUAGUAGUUGUGCAGCGCUGAACCUGUGAUGUUGUGUUUGGUGGUUAAAGUUGAACCAUUUCCCGAGUUCUCAAUCCCGGAGUGUUCCUGAAUUGACCACCAAAAAACACCGUCUUAUUGGAUCCCGGGAAUAUAUAGAUAUAGUGACGCCGUAGAUUGUCCCGCUUGCUGGCCACCAUUCCCGCGUAGAUUAUACGAUGGGUCUGCUAUCGCUGUUGCGUAAACUGAGACCAAAUCCGGAGAAGGAGGCACGCAUCCUGCUGCUGGGCCUGGACAAUGCGGGCAAGACCACAAUACUGAAGCAACUGGCAUCGGAGGAUAUAACCACGGUGCGUAUUAAAGCGGCGAACUUCUUCCGUUUUCCCCAUAAAAUACGGAGUGAAAUCCCGCAGGUAACGCCCACGGCCGGAUUUAACAUCAAGUCCGUGGCAGCCGAUGGAUUUAAACUCAAUGUUUGGGAUAUCGGAGGUCAAUGGAAGAUACGACCAUAUUGGAAGAACUACUUUGCCAAUACGGAUGUGCUGAUCUACGUAAUUGACUGUACUGAUCGAGCUCGACUGCCUGAAGCGGGAAGCGAACUCUUCGAGAUGCUGAUGGACAAUAGGCUAAAGCAAGUCCCAGUGCUGAUUUUCGCCAACAAACAGGACAUGCCAGAUGCCAUGAGUGCCUCGGAGGUGGCCGAGAAGAUGAGCUUGGUGCAGUUGCAGGGACGAACCUGGGAAAUCAAGGCCUGUACUGCCGUGGAUGGCACUGGCCUUAAGGAGGGAAUGGACUGGGUCUGCAAGAAUAUGAAGAAGUAAUCCUAAAAAACAUAAAAAUCGCCUGUUAAGUUUUCUCUAAGAUCAAAAUAUACGUAAAUUUAAUAACCCUUUAAAGAUAUAUUUUAAACUUUAAUUUAGCACUACAAAGAA